UCAUUUCGUUUUAGUUAGUCGUACGAUUUGUUUCUUAUUUGUGAAAGCUCGUCGAACGGAAGCAAAUCUCGCUUUACCCUUUUGAAAAACAAAGGAAAAAGUUCGUAAAAAGCGAAAGAGCCCAUCGAAAUUAACACGAAAAAGGAGUUCAAUAAAGAUUGCUUCGCUCAAAUCACUAAAAAUGGUUGCCGAAAAUAUCGAUGCUGGAGUGGCCAUUGCCGCUGCCGAUCAGUCCUCGUCUGUGGUUGCCAAGGACGAACUUCCAGCCGGCAAUUAUAUCCUGGUGGGCGUGGACAUAGACACCACUGGACGUCGUCUUAUUGAUGAGAUUGUCCAGCUGGCCGCCUACACUCCCACCGAUCACUUUGAGCAGUACAUCAUGCCCUACAUGAAUCUAAAUCCAGCUGCGCGACAGCGCCAUCAAGUUCGUGUUAUUUCGAUUGGUUUUUAUCGUAUGCUGAAGUCGAUGCAGACCUACAAGAUCAUAAAGUCCAAGUCGGAGAUCGCUGCCCUAAAGGACUUCCUCAACUGGCUUGAGCAGCUGAAGGCCAAGGCGGGAUCUGGUUCGGACGGGAUUGUGUUGCUCUACCACGAGGAGCGCAAGUUUAUUCCCUACAUGAUCUUGGAGUCGCUGAAGAAGUACGGCCUGCUGGAACGCUUCACCAAGUCGGUGAAGUCCUUUGCCAAUAGCCUUCAUCUCGCCAAGGCCUCAAUAGGCGACACCAACAUCAAGCACUAUAGUCUGCGUAAGCUCUCCAAGAUCCUCUCCAAAAAGGAGGACGGUGCCGCUCCAACAUCGAGCUCGCCAUCUGGAUCGACAUCCGGUAGCGACAGUACCGUGCUCGAGGGCAAUGCUGAUAAGCAAUCGCCCAAGAAUGGCAUCCAAGAUGGACGGGACCAGUUCGACGGCAACGCCAGUGUUCGGGCCAAAUUGGCCUUCAACGUGGCCCUCCAGCUGAGCAACUCUGACCGCAAACCGGAGCCGGAAUCGUCGCAGGCGCUGGACAACAUGUUCACAGCGCUGAAGCCGUUCGCCAAAACGGUAGCAUCUGAUGUCCGCGAGCUGGAUACACAAAACGAGAACCUGGAACGCCAGAACUCGUUCCGUCCCGUGUUCCUUAACUACUUUAAGACCACUUUGUACCAUCGCGUGCGUGCCGUCAAGUUCCGCAUUGUUCUAGCCGAGAACGGAUUCGACUUGAAUGCUUUAAGUGCCAUUUGGGCGGACAAGCGCACUGAGGGCCUGGACAUGGCCCUGCAGUCGAUCGGGACUAUGAAAAACGAGGACAAGGCCGAGUUGCUCGAACUCCUGGACAGCUAUUUCGAUCCCAACAAGACCACAAUCAAGCCAGUGGUCAAGUUAAACAACAACCGGCGCCGUAAUCGCCGCAGCACCGGUCAGUCGGUUCGCAACGGAGGAGCGGCCAGUUCGCGAUCCGCCAGUACAGAGUUCGGAGCCGGGGGAGAUAAAUCCCAGAGCGUGUCCUCGGUGCCUGACUCGACCACCAAGACGCCAUCGCCCAACAAAACGCAUUCGCGCCCACAGCGCAAGCGUAACUCGCGACACAGCUUGGGCGCCAACACCAACGGACUACCGGUGGCGGAUACCUCCUCCGCAAAAGUGGAACUCAACAACACGGCUCCACCUGCCGUGUUGGUGUCCCCACCAUCGCCGACCCCGAUAGCCAUCGCAGCCUCCAACUAAACUUCUGGUGGAACCGAAAAUCUUCCCAUUUUAGUAAAAUCAGAAACAAGGAAAUGGAAAUGAGAGGGGGAUGGAGAAAAACAAUAUGCGAACUUUUUUCCUUUUUGAAGAACUAGCACAGAUUAGAAACAACCUCAAAAUUCUAGUGGAAGCCAAAUUUCCAGUGCACACUAACCCACCCACGCAAGCACGAAUGCAAACGCAUAACACUCACGAGCACGUUGGUGAAUAGAAACAGUUAGUUAACCGUUACCGUGAAUGUGACCGUGACGUGAACUGUAACAGUUGAAUAGUGAUGAUACAGCUUGACCGUUUUCAAACGAGUGAUCUGUAAAUCGAGACGUUGAGAACCCACAAUAUGCUGCGCCCUCUGUAAACACACGAGACCAGAUAUCGAUACUUUGGAGCAACAUGCUUGUAUAUAUGUAUAUUAAGAACGGAUCGUACGAUUAUGAGAAUGAUGGAGAAGAAGAAAAUUAACCCUUGAGCAUAAUGAUUGUACAGAAAAUAAUGACCGCAGCAGCGUUUAGGCAUAGUUUUCCAGGCAUACCGAUAAGCAUGAUGUCGUACCAGGACGGGCGAUUGGAAAAAUAUGAUCUAAGAAACGCCUCGAUGAAAAUUUUGCAUUGGACAGGCCUCACGAACACACUCAGAAUCUACAUAUAAACAGUAUUAGGCCUGGGCCAAUGUUGAAAACUUUCACAUUUUAAGCUAAGUACUCCGAACAUGUAGAAGCAACAACUGACCCUACCCACACACGCACGACGGCAACUCAAAAUGCGAAAACACGCAGUCACGACACUUACAUAACACAUUAAGAAGAAUAACAGAAUAAUGGAUGAAGAAGGAAACUACAGCUGAAUUCCCAAUGCAUGUCAACACUUCAGUGCUUCAAGCUGUAUUUCAUAAAUGUUCAGGAUUGCAUUCGUUUAAAAUCCAAGAGCAAAUGUGAUAUCUUAAUAAAUGCGUGAAUAAACGACUAUAAUGUAA